AUGAGCGUCGCGGCGGCCAGUGGUGCCGUGAGCACGCAGCAGCAGCACCGUCCAACUCAGGAACAAAUUCGUCUUGCUCAAUUAAUUGAAGAUAAAAAGCAUGAUCAUCCUGAAGUAAAAGAAAUACUUCGAAAAGUGCUUGAUGUUGUCGUAAAUUCUAAAGAAGAAGAUGCCCUUGUAGCACUUUUUGAUUGUGAUUAUGAUUAUGAAAAAACCGUUGCAUUACUCAUUGAGAAAGGUCACGAAGUGGCCAGCGAAUGGCGUACUGCAACAAAUCAUAAACUAACUAAGAAGCAACAACAAAAAGUUGCUGCAACAAAAAAUGGACAUGGAGAAUUGGAUGAGAAUGGACAACAACGAGGGAAUGAUGGUUUGAGUUCUCGAGGUAAAUCUCGUGGUGGUCGAACAAGAAUACCACACAACGAAGGCGAUUCUCCACAUGGUACUAAUGAAAAACAACAGCAAAAUGAUAAUCCUAUUUUACAACAAAGACAACGAGGUGGUAGUACAUAUCGAGGUCGUUAUCGUGGUAGCAAUCGAGGUGGGCAUCGUGGCAUGAAUAGAAAUCAUCAACAUGUACAAGAUUCAAAUAAUGAUAUUUUAUCACCGUCAGAUACAAAUCGGCGUACUAGAGGAGGAGGUGCUGCUGCUGUUGCUUCUAAUCAUCAACAGCAACAAUAUCCAUGGGAAGUUGAUCAUUGGGAUGGUCGAACAAUGAUUAUUUCAAGAACAGCUGUAGAUGAUGAACAACCAUUGAAUUCAAACGAAUCAUCUGAAGUACCAAGUAGUCAACUAAAUAGAAAUAAUCAAGAAAAAUUGAAACCAGAUUUUGAUCCAAUAGAAGCAGCGCGUCAGAUUAAAAAUGUUAUUGGUAUUGGACAAACACCUAAACCAGUAGAAUCUGAUCAAUUACAAAAAUCUAAAACAAUUGCUUCGUUAAUGAAUACUAAAUUAACCCCACCACCUCGAAUUCCUCAACAACCCGUAGUUUUUUCGGAUCACUUCGAUGGUGGGGUCAAUAAAAUUGAUGUACAAUUUGGUAAUAUUGGUGAAUCAUCAGAAGACACAUCAUCAGCAUCUGCAUUCUAUCAACAAUCACAAUCAAUAUCAUCGAACAAAAUUUCUCAACGAACAACCGAACAGUCUUCGCAUGUUUCACCAUCAUCUCGUCCAUCUGAACAACCGGUGAUGAACCAACAACAACAACAACAACAGAGGAUACUACAAACACAAAUUCAACAACAGCCAACGAUGUCCAUGAAACAAGUUGUUACACCUCAAUAUACUUUACAUCAACAACAACAUCCAAUCACUGCACCAAAUAUACUUUUACAGUCGUUACUUUAUCAACAACAACAACAUCAACCAGAUCCAAUAACAUUAGAUACCACAUAUGAUCCAACGACUUUUUCAUUGCCAUCGAUCGAUUUUAAUUCACAAUAUUUUAUGGCGGCACAAAUGAAUCAACAACAAUCAGCACAACAACAAACGCAACCACGCUAUUUAGUGUCUCAACAACCUUCACUUCCACAGCAAGCAUCAUCAAAAAAUCCACAGACAUCAUCUGUAUCUACAACAACAUCAGCAACGACCGCUAACAAAGCACCAGCUAUUCCGCCAGGUAUGUUUCCCACAGCACCACAAUUAAACCCAGCAACUUAUUCAACAGCGUACAAUGUUCAACAACAAACAGCGGGAGCAACUUAUUCAACACCUUAUGAUACUGAACAUCUAUUUGCAAAUAAUUAUAUGCCAUUAAAUAAUACACAACAAGCACAAUCGCCAUCGGGUACCUAUGGAUCUGUCACACCACCUGUUCAACAACAAACAAAUAAUAAAAAUGAUAAUAAAACACUGAACUAUCCACCACCAAUAACAGAUGGUCUUAUGCUAGUAAAACAAUAUCACCAAUAUACUCUUCAACAAUCGAACAGUCAACAACAAGGUCAACAAACAGCUACACAUUCGCCAGCACCAUUAAGUUAUUUUCUUAGUCAUGCACCUAAUGGACCAGGUUAUUCGGCGGGUCCUGCAAUAAUGUAUGCUCAAGCACCGACAGCUAUACCUCAACACCAACAAGCUCCAAAACAACAAGGACAACCAUAUAAUCAAAAUAACUCGUCAGCAGGUAUGGGUGGUAAUGAUAGUUAUUAUAGUCGUACUUCAUCGUCAUCAAAUAAAGAAGGACAAUAUAUGUAUACAACAACUAACCAACCUCAACAUGUUCAAACACAAUCUGCUGGUCAACAACAAAAUAUUAAUAAACAACAACACCAACAACGCACAACUGGCAAUGCUUAUAAUAAUCAACAAGGUCCACAGCGUCCGUAUCAAUAG